CUCUAAACAAAACAAAAUCAAUCCCUGAUCAUAAUUUUUUUAAGUCAUUGGGUUCAAACAAUUAAACAGUAUUUACUAGGUUCCCAGGAUCAAUAUAUGUCAGUUAUGACAUGAUGAUGAUUAAGGAGAAAGUUGAGAAAUAAAGCAUUAAAAUGAGACAUAAAACAAGUAUAGCAAAUGGUUCCUGUUCUGAAAGAAACUUAUAACAUACUACAAUUCAGCAAACAUUUCUUAAGCUGAUGAUAAAAAAACAAAACAAACAAAAUUCUCACAAAUUACUCAUUGUUUUCACUGAAUUUUUAUAUUCUGCUGAGGAGGACUAUAACAUACACACAGAUAAGUAAAUAGUAUUCUUAGUAAGUAGAGAGCAUUGAAAAACAGAAGGAUCACACAAGGGUUCCCAUAUGAGUUGGCCCUUUAGCUUAAAAUUGAAAGAAGCUAAGGUGGCAGUGGGGAGCAGAAGGGAGAAGAGGAAUGACACAAAGAAUGUCCUGUGUGAAUGCAUGGAGACUGGAAAUGCAAUUUCCUUUGAAAAAUGGUUAUUAGAUCAAUUUGAAUAGAAUAUAAAGCAAAUAAAGUUUGAGUGACAUGAAAUAAGCCUACAUUAAUGUAGGUUAAACUAGAUUCUGAAAAUGCCAGUCUGAGUCCAGAAACAAGAUGAGAAAUAUAGACACAUCUGCUUUGAGAAAGGAAUCAAUUUCUACUGCAGUUACCCAGUGGGUACACAUGACAACAUCAAAAGAGUGUGGGGGAGGCAUCAAGGUGGCUCAGUAAAUUGAAAACCAGACCCAGAAAUGGGAGAUUCUGGGUUCAAAUCUAAUCUCAGACACUUCCUAGCUAUGUGACCCUGGGCAAGUCAUUUUACCCCCACUGCCUAGCCUUUAAUGUUCUUCUGUUUUACAGUUUCCAAAACAAAAAAAAGAUGUGUAGAGAAAGGGGAGAAGAGGCCUUAAGAUGGUACCUUUUGGGAAACCUCUAUAAACCAAAGAAUGUAUGAUAUUCAUCAAAGAAAACUGAAAAGUAAUAUUAAAAGAAGUAGGAAGAAAGAACCAGGAAAAAGUAAAGUCAUGAAGCAAGGGAAGAGAGAAUAAUAAGCAAAGGUGUAUAAAGUUAAACAGAGAUAAAGAACAACGAGGACUAGAAAAAGGCUAUAGAAUUUAGCAGUUAUGCAAUGCCCAAUAACCUUGGAAACUGCAGUUUCAAUUAAGUGGUAAGAGGCAAAGGAAAAGAAUAAAAAUGUAUAUAGUGCCUCCUAUGUGAGGGUUUGAUGCCAGUUUGCAAGGGAUUAAGCAUGUAGGGAGUGAGGAAAUGGGGGAGUGUACAGCACUUUUCCUAGGAGUUUGGCUACGAAAGACUUUAGGAUAGUCUUUAGGGAUAGGAGAGUAUAUUGAGGGCAUGAUACAUUCAAUUGAGUUAAAGAUGAGAGGGCUUAGUUUGACAGGCAGGACUUAACAGAGAAAAAAUUAAGAGAAUAAAAGACAAUAUGAAUCAAUGGAAAGGUCACUGAAUCUGGAAUCAAAUGGCCCAGGCUGCAAUAUCAGUACAAUACAUGGAUACUUUCUAUCCAUGUAAUUGAAGUUCACUGAGGUUUUAUCUUGAAAAUGAGAAAAUUAUACUAGAUCAAGAGUUCUAUACUUUUUUGUGUGUCAGGGAUCCCUUUGGCAAUCUGCAGAGGCCUAGGGACCUCUACUCAGAAUAAUGCUUUUAAAUUUCAUAAAAUAAAAUGCUUAGAAUUACAAAGGACAUCAACUAUAUUUAAUGUUAUAAAAUAUUUUUAAAAUUCACAGGUCUCAGGAAAAUAAUCCACAAACUAAAUGAUAUAAUGACAUUUUUUGUACUUAAUGUGUUGUAAGAAUCUUGAGAAGAAAAAAGUGUUAACUGGAGGGAUUAUUUCUUGGAGGUGAGACUAACUGAACUGGGAACUCUAAGAUGAGUAGGAUUUAAUAGUAGAACAGAGACUGGCAUUCCAGUUGGAGGGAAAUAGCACUAGCAAAAUUUAGAAGGAAUGAGUACAAUAUAUGCAAGGGACAGUGAGAUUAAUUUUAAUAACAAAACAGAAUCAUUGGGGAGGGAUGUUAAAAACUAAUUAGUAAAAUCUAUAUCUUCUUACACAUCUGAAAGCUGAGACAGAGAGAAACUAAAUGAACUAGCCUAAGGGCACAGGUUAGUGGAAAAUAAGUAUGGAUAGGGUUAUAACCAUUCCAUUUGGUUGUACCUGCUCUCACUAAGACCACUUAUACCUUUUCCUCAUCCUUUUCUUUUACCACUCCCUAUUUUAUUCAAGGUAAGAAACUAUGCACCGGCAUAUAAGAAUCCUCAAUUUCCAGGGGGAAACAAAAAUAAAAUUGAAGAGUCAAAAAAAAAACAUAAAAAACCUAGCUAUAUUUUACAACCAAUUACAACCAAUGUCUGGUUUUGAUGAUAAGUAAAAAGUAGACUCCCUAAAAUUAUGAUGGCACUGUUGAAGCCAGGAUCAUACAUUAAAGUGGUAACAAAACCAACAAUUCUAUUUCUAACAUGUCUGCCAGUAGAUUUUUCUCAACUCUUCUUGAAAGUGAGUCUGAUUGGACUAGAAGAAGAACUCCUCCCUCCUUAAAAUACAUAUGCAGAACUACAGAUGAUUUAUAUACUUCCCAUUCAUGGUAUGUGAACCUGGAGAACAUCUCUGAAAUAGAAGCAGAGAACACUUAGGAGACAGAUCCUAGAUGGCAGCUUAGGAGCAUCUAAGGCCAUAAACUCUCUGACAGUCCUUCAAAAACCAAUAUUUAUAUCACACUUCAAAGAACAGAGUAAUCCAAAUCCAACAACAAGAAGUCACAAGACUCUCCUACUAAAACAACUUGAAAGGUGUUGAAGGUGUGGCAAAAGGAUCCAAAAGAGUAUUUCCUCCAUUCAGUGGUGUUUUAGGUGUUAAGUGAGGAAGACCGUGUUGUUUGCUGCAUCAGGUUUGCAUUGCCUUACCCACCAAUUCUGCACAGCAUGGAGAGCAAGGAGUCAGUUAAAGAAAUGAGGACAGAAAAUGUUGUGAGCUGCUUAUACCAACAACCUGAUACAGUUUUUAAGCUGAUUUGCUUCCCGUGGGCAGGAAGUGGAUCUCUCCAUUUUGCAAAGUGGGGCAAAAGUUUUCAUCAUUCAAUAGAAGUUUCCUCUAUAAGGCUUCCUGGAAGAGAAUGUCGAGAUAAAGAGCCAUUUGCAACAAACCUGGACCAUGUUAUUGCUGAAGUUUCUAAUGCUUUGCUGCCACUAAUCCAAGAUAAAACUUUUGCAUUUUUUGGUCACAGCUUGGGAUCAUAUAUUGCUUAUUUCACAGCUCAUCACUUAAAACAAAAUCAUGGGUUACAACCAGUGCAUAUAUUUCUGUCAAGCGCAAGUCCUCCACAUAAAUCCUACCAUGGGUACUUUACAAGUACUUCCAGUAUGUCAGAAGAGCAACUGCACCAUUUCAUCUUAAAUAUGGGUGGCACUCCCAAGGAGAUUCUUGAAAACAAAGAACUCUUGGAAAUGUUUCUUCCUGUUUUUAAAGCAGAUAUUCAAAUGGCACGCAAUUACAGCUUUGUCAAACCAUCAAAGCCUCUCUCUUGUGAUUUUACAUGCUUUUCUGGGACUGAAGAUAUAGUAGCAGUGGAAGGUUGGAAGGACCUAACCAGUGGGAGUGUUGAUAAUUACAAGCUUCCUGGGGAUCAUUUUUAUCUCAUUAACCCUUCCAAUGAGAGUUUCAUCAUCAACUAUAUAACCAAAAGCCUUGAAGUGUCACAUUUUAUCUGAGGCUCAGUUUUGAUUGUGGAUGUGAAACAGAGCAAAACUGAGAAGAAAGAAAAUAUAUUUACAAUCAACUGUCUCAUUUCAGUAGAAUGUAGCCCUUAGAACACUGCUUUACAUAGAUGUUAGAAAUAAUUAUUUGUUCAAUUGAAAUGUUAAUUUGCUUUUUAGAGGAGGAUUUUAUAAUAUUUCAAUCAGAAUUAUUUUCCUUUAAAAAGAAUCACUAUUAUAUUUACUGAGGAUAAUAGUAAAACUAAUGAAAAUAUAAAUAAAAUAAACUAGAUUUAAAUUAUUUCUACGUUCAGAUUUUAUACAAUUGUAUGUCCAAACUCAUUGUAAUGCUUUUGGGCUUUGAAUCUGAGGUUCAUUUUGAGUUUCAGUACUAUGUGCUAAAAUAAACAAUAAAUUAUGUGCAACUUUAAGUGUGUGCUAGCCUUUAACCCUUUAAACUGUUGUUGUUUGGAGAACUUCUCUCACUAAUAGAUCCCGGACAAAGAUAGUUUGUACUAUCAACUGCUUCCUUUGCUUAUAUGCCAUGAUCAGUGUAAGACCUGUAAAAAUGGAGACUUGAAUCCAGGACUUCAAUCCCCAGAAGUCCUUGCUCCACUUCCCCAGAAUGCUUUGUAAUAUCACUGAAUUCUCACCUGGGCCGAGAGAGAGAGAUGGGGUAUUUAACCUGAUUGGAAAGGCUUUUAGUCUCUUUCUCUUUUUUCUUUCCUAUUUCCGCUUACAAGCAGACACUCUUUUCAUAAUGUAGAUGAGGUUGUCUAGGCCAGAGGCCUAGACAUGUGUUUUCUUAUUCUGUAUUUUCUUUAAUCCUUAACCUUUAAUAAACCUCCAAAAAUAUAAUACUCCUUGCAGAGAGAAACUAAUUUCU